CUCUUCCUCUCGUCCUCUCGACUCCCCCCAUACUCUUUUCACCCAUCACCCAAAAAUCAAAGUCAGAGUCCUCUUCUUUUUCCAGCGGAUCCUCUUCUUUAUUUGCAAGAGGACGAUCGCGGAUAGUACAGUCUUCUUCUGUUCCAUCCGCCCGCUAUCACUGCUCCUUUUUCAUCUCUUUCAGUCAGUCCACUCGUCCGCUGUGUGGCCACUGAAAACAGCAUCACACUGCUGAGUGUCUUCUGGAUUCUUUAUCAUACAGGAUCUGAUCACUACUCGCCGUUUAACGACAUCACGCUCUCUUAUUCCCAAGAAUACCACGUGCUAAACGAGUUUCCCUGUAAUGACAUCGAACCCCUCGACGUCAAACCUCCAACCACAAACUCAAAGCACAUCCCAAGGACAGUCUUCCAGCGGAAAGACCUCACCGUUGACACCUGUACCUGUGCCGAGCGCUCCUCGCUCCUACGCUAACGCCACAAAGAAAUCGUUUUCGCAAGUUGCUGCGGGCGAUUCGGCGAAUAAACCCGUGUCAACAACGGCUCAAGGAUCUCAGCAUGGCAAGUCGCCUUCAACUUCUCAAGUGAAUGGUAAACCAGCUAUGCAAAACCCUCCUGUUCCCGGUGCCGGUGGCCCCACCAUCGUCAACGGAAAUCCUGCCGCAAAUGAUCAUGCAAGAAAACCCUCAAUGACCAUCAGCGCUGCUGGCGCGACUGGUUUUAUCUCAAAUGGCGGUCCUGUCUCAGGACGCCCAAAUAACAUUCGCUUCGGCUUUGGCGACUCACAGAGCUCUCCGUCGAUGGGAGCUGCAGUUUUAGCAAACCAGCAGUCGUCACUCGGCGUCUCCCCAGUUAACAAUCGUAUCACUUCACCUGAUUCUUCGCCAUCACCUAUCCCUCAAACUCUCAGCGGAGGUCGCCAGCCACCAUCCCAUAUCCAGGGACCUGGAAAUAUGCACUUCGGUAAUUUCUCUGGGGAGCAAAAUGACUUGAAUAGAAACCUACGACCAGGUUCACAACCUCCAUUACCCAACAAUCCCCAGCCCAACCAUGCCCGACGGGAAUCGGCGCAAUCUGCACACGGGGAUAUGGGUGGUCAUAAUAUCCCAAGCGGGCCAACACGUGGAGGAUAUCAUGCUCAAGGUGGGAGAGGAAGAAACUAUAACCAGUCACAGGUUCCCUAUAAUUCUCCAGGUUCGACCUACAGAUCGCAUCAUGGCCAGCGUAGCGGUCACUUCCACUCGCAAGGGCGACCCAUGGGCCCCUUCCAAGGUUCUCCCCAUCAAUCCGCUCGAAGCCCUGCCAUGGCGAGCGCAAAUCCCGCAACACCCCCAACAACACACGUCCCUAUGGCGAACCCACCGAUGCAGGCACAACAUUUUGGUUAUGCGCAACAUAUGGGACAUCAACAAGGUUACGCUCCUCCCGCGAGUUACGAGACCGGCGGCUAUUAUUACCCAACCCAAUACCCGUAUCAGAUGCACAUGCCACACUUGGUUUCUGGUCCUGCCCGACAGCCGUACAUGGGCUCUCAACCACCCUUCAUGCCGAAUCAGUACGCAGGUUCAGCCAACCCCCCUGCUCAAACGGCAUCGCUACAAACCUCGACCCCGCAAGCCCCCGCCGCUGAACGCCCUGGAUCUAGCCUCGGUCACGGACAGCAAUCCUCUGUUUCCAUGACUCAGGCACCUAGUCACACACCUAAUAGAUCAACUAGCAGCCCUUCCCCUAACCCUCAAUUCGUUCUUCCCAAAAGAUCCUCUGGUGUUGUUAUCAAAAACCCCAAUAGCGGUGACGUGGUUGCAUUUGAUAGACAGGGUAAUUCUCCCGCUCGUGCUACUCCUUCUCCAGCAAAAUUAGGCACUACCCCUUCCUCGACUCCUCCCCCUCGCACCGCUAGCCGUGGCGAUCAAGAGCAAGCCGAAAGUAAAGUUCAGACGCAAGAAGAGAAGAUUCAGUCUUUCCAUGAAAAAGUUCGCAUGGCUGCAGAGCAAGCAGCUGAAGAGCAGAAGGCUUUGGAGCUGAAGAAAUCGCAAGAAAGCCUUCAACCUGAACCCACAAAACCCUCCACAGACGCUACGGAUACUACGGAACCUGUUGCUCCGGCGAAAGAAGCGGAGAAGCCGGAAAAGGAACCCGAACUCAAAGAGGAGCCGAAGCCAGCGGAACCUGCGGAGGAAGAGAUUGACUUUGAUGCUAUUGAACGAGAGCUAGCGGCUAAAGAGGCGGAAGAACUCGCCAGAGAGAAAGCUUACCAGGAGAAGAAACAACGCGAGAAGGAGGAGGCGGCCCGAAAGGCAAAAGAAGAAGCUGAAGCAUACGAGGCCAAUAUGAAGAAGGCUGAGGCUGAGGCUGAAGCGGCGGAAGAGGAACGUUUGAGGAAACUUGCCGCAGCUGAAAGCGAGGCUAGCAAGAAAGAGAAAGCGGACGCAUUUGCCGCCAUUACAAAUAAAGCUGCGACGCCCGCGGAGUCUCCUGCGGUUCAAACUCCUGCGGAAAGCGGCGCUGCCACUCCAGUCUCCGACGUGUCUAUGGGCCCGCCGAAGAAUAUUCCGGGUGGUAAGCGUGAGAAGCCUGCAGCUUUGAAACUUGAGACCAACAAAACAGUGGAGCCGCCACAGCCAAGUGCUGCUUUAAAAUCGCUACAAACUGCUAGAUUUUUGGAAGACCCCAGCAAGAUUUCUUAUCCGCCAUCCAUUGUUUCCCCAAGUCCCGCGUUUAACGUCAAUGCACCUUCUGAUCGCAAGUUCAAGUAUAACAAAGAAUUCUUGCUUCAGUUCCAGAAUGUAUUCAAGGAAAAGCCUUCAUUAGACUGGGAUACAAAAGUCCGUGAAACGGUGGGCGAUGGCUCUACAGAUUCUCGUUCUGCUAUGCGAACUCCAGUUGUUAAUAGGACUCCUUCUCGAACCGGGGUCGGAGGAGGUGCUUUCGACCGAAUGGGCAUGUUCCAAGGAGCUGGAAGAACUCAAACGAUGCCAUCUGGUGGUCAGGACCGUUUCCCCAUUUCAGGCAUGCGUGGAACGGCUUUGGGUGGAAAUUUCGGCCAGUUUGGCCGUGGUCCAGGUGGCUUAACGAUGGGCCCUCCGAUGAGCAGAACAAGCUCCUCGUCCGCCCAGCAAAUCCCUGGAUCUCCUCGCUCCGGCAGCCAUCGUGGUGGACGUUCUGCCAGCAAAGCCCACAAAUCUGCUAAGAAGGAGGAAGAGACCAACAAGACUAUGCCUCUUACUGCUGGACAAAAGAUUGAGCCGCUUGCUCCCUCAUCCGGUGGAUGGAAACCUCGCAGCAUCGGUCGGGCACAAAACCUUGUUGGCCCUGAUGGUCACCUUCCACCGGAUGUUGUGCAAGGAAAAGUCAAGUCUAAUCUCAAUAAGAUGACUCCCGAAAAAUUUGAUAAGAUUUCUGACCAGAUCCUUGCUAUUGUAGCCCAGUCCAAGGAUGAAUCCGACGGUCGCACCCUCAGACAGGUCAUUCAGCUUACGUUCGAGAAGGCUACAGACGAAGCGCACUGGGCUCCUCUUUAUGCCAAAUUCUGCAUGCGCAUGCUUGAGAGCAUGAGCCCAGAAAUCAAGGACGAGAAUAUCAAAGACAAGCAUGGCAACGUCGUUUGUGGAGGUAGUCUCUUCAGAAAAUACCUUUUGAAUCGUUGUCAAGAGGAGUUCGAGCGUGGAUGGAAGGUGAAUUUGCCUCCAAAACCAGAGGGUACCACCGACGAAGCGGCCAUGUUGUCCGAUGAAUACUAUAUUGCCGCUGCUGCCAAGCGAAGAGGUCUUGGUCUCGUCAAAUUCAUCGGUGAGCUGUUUAAACUGAGCAUGCUGUCGGAUAGAAUUAUGCAUGAGUGUGUGAAGAAACUUGUCGACUACGAAGGUGUUCCCGAGGAGGCCGAAAUCGAAAGUUUGACGAAUUUGUUGCGUACUAUUGGUGCUACUUUGGAUAGAAGCUCCGACAAGGGCCACAUGAUGAUGAAUGCUUACUUCGAGCGCAUCGACAAAAUGGUCCAGACUCCAGGUCUUCCAAGUCGAUUGAAGUUUAUGCUCAUGGACAUUAUCGAUCUCAGAAAAGCCAACUGGGUUUCGAAAGAUGCCGACAAGGGUCCGAAAACCAUCCAAGAAAUUCGAGAACAAGCCGCUCGCGCCCAACAAGAACAGGAAAUGGAACGAAAACGCCAACAAGCCAGCAGAGGUAGCGGCGGUAUUGGACUUGGUCGGGGAGACGCCAGGAACUUUUCCGGAGGCUAUGGAAACCAACCUCCUUUGGACUAUGCCUCAAGCAAAGUUGGUAGCGAUGAUCUUCGCCGUCUCAAGGCCCCUAGAACUACCAACCAGCCCACUUCUUUUGGCCCUUCGAGUCUCUUAGGUUCGCGGAGCAGCAGCGGUCGUCGAACUAUUGGCCCAGGUGGCAAUCUUGUUCGCGGCGGUGAGGAUAGCGGAGCAAGCAGCCGGACCGGAACUCCCCCAGGCGGAAAGAAGGACGACAAGGAGUCUGCAUCCACAAAUGCUUUCAGUGCCCUGGCGUCCUUGGACACUGGAGAUUCUCUAGCGACAUCACCACCCUCAAACCCGACCUCUCCUCAGUUAACAAAAUCCCGCCCAGCUGUCGCACAGCAAUCACAUGCCCAAGGAAAAGACGAUAGUGCAGGUGCUUCGUAAAUAACGAUGACAUCGGGAUAGCAGUCCAAAGACCUGGAUUUUGAUGCCUCUUCUUCCUAGGAAACCCCAGGCUUCGGAACUACGAAAGGAAUGGUUACAAAAUUUGUUAUUAAUCCACACGUAUGUACACAUGGGCAUGGCGUGGCUUUGAUCAUCAGAAUGGAGAGACGGAAUGGGACGAAGUUUCAGCCGAAAAGUGACGAUUUUUUUUUUUGCAAAAGAAAAAGCGCGUCCCACCAAAACAAUCCAUAGACAGAGAAAAGAGCAGUCUUAAGGCGCCCUGAGCUACUUUCCAGGUGGGAUGGAUGGUCUGCAUUUGCGAAGGUUCCUUUGGUUUCUUUUUUCUUUUUUUCCCUCGAUUUGCCAUGUUUCCUUACUCAAAAGACGAAUACCCGGAAUUAUUUCCCUGGCUGGUUUUUUUCCUUUAUGUCCUGAGUUGAUGAGGGGAAAAAACAAAAAGGCCACUGUGGGGCAAGAUUCCAAUCUGUUUUCUGUUUGUUUUUUCCUUUUUACUUCUUUGUCGACAUUUUAAGGGUUUACUAUGGGUGUUGCUUUUUUGACUCGUAAUGAAUCUGAUUGUGAUGCUCUGCUCGGCCUGUUGUCUUUGAUGUCUUUUGUUUCUCUUCUCUUUUUCCGCUGUCUCUUUUUUUCCUGCGCGAUAACUUUGCAUAUUGCAUGCGUUUGCAGAGAGAAUCUGAUUAUUACUUCUUUAUUUAAAAAUUCGCUGAGGAUAGGUCUAUUUUAUUUUAAUGCUGGCCUCUUUUUUCUCCCCACUUGGUUCUUUUAUUCCUCUUUUUCUCCUCUCAGGUGCUAUUAAUUGUUACAGGAUAUUCUUUUCUUUUGCUUCUUUAAUUCCUCAAUCAUCACCUUUUGAAGUCUCCUGUGUCUCUUAAACAUAGCUGGUUUCGAAACAAGUUGAGAGAUCCUGUUUGAAUAAUCCAAUUUACUUCGUUUCGAAAUAACACCCUCCUUGCAGGAUAAGUUUGGCAAGUUCGAUGCUCUGCUUCUUGAAGAUUUGCGUGUAUUCAUAAACAAAAAGA